AUGAGUCAAAAUUAUCAGCGUAAACAAGUUCAAAGUGAUCGAAGAAAAUCUACAACAUUACCUAUAUUUAUUCUUGAACAAGAAGAAAAUAAUAAUAAUCGUCGUUUAAGUCUUUGUCCUAAUAAUCAACGUCGAUUAUCAACUAUAUCUCAAUUAUAUUUACCUAAUGGAAAUGAUUAUCAUCCUCAACAACAUAUACCAGCAACAGGUAUAGAAAAUCAACAAACAACUUUUUUAAUAACAACAGAUGAUAAUAAUAAUGAUAAUGAUAAUGAUAAUGAUAAUGAUAAUGAUAAUGAUAAUAAUCUGCAAAUUGAAAGAAGAUUAUCAAUAGUCCCAUCUUUUUAUUCAAAUUCUAAUCAAUAUGAACAAGAUAAUUUAAAUAAAUAUAAAAAACGAAUUUUAUUUAUAAUUGAACCAAUAAUAACUGGUAUUUUACUAUUUCCAAUAUUAGUUUUAUUUUGGGAAACUGGUUGGAAUUUAACUUUAAUUUUUUUAAAUAUUUUAAAUCAAUUCGCACCUAAUUUACAUUUAGAUGAAAUAACACAAGAAGAUUUCGAAUCUUAUACAUGGCAAUCAUUAUUAUUUCCUUAUUUAGUUGUUCAAUUUCUACUUUUAGUUUUUUAUAUAUUUCAAGAUAUUAUUUAUAAUUAUUUCAAAUAUAAAAUAUGGAUUAUAAAAACAAUAUUAUUAAAAAUUCAUAUAUUUAUAGUAGCAACAAUUUAUAUUCUUCAAUGGGAAAUGGUAUGGACAAUAUGGGAUCAAUUUACACCACAUGAAUGGUAUUUUGAAUUUACAUUAUCAUUAGCAUCAUUAUUUGCAUUAAUUGUUUUUAUUGGACAUUUAUCUGAUUUAGUUUGUUCACCUUUUCUUUUUAGUUAUGAUUCAAUUGAAUAUUGUAUUCAUUUUGGUUGUCCUUUACUUACAAGACAAAUGAAACCAUGGAAAAUAAAUUUAAUUAAUUUUAUUCUAUAUGAAAUACUUAUAUCAAAUUUAUCAAUAAUAACAUGGCGUGGCUUUUAUCAUUUUCUUGAUAGUUAUUUCUAUCCGAACAAUUUAACUAUGUCAGCUGGACUUUGUAUAUUAAUUGGUUAUAUUAUUUAUUUUCCUUUAAUGUAUUUUCAAACAUAUUUAGAAGAAUUAAAUAUAAAAUAUGAUUUUUGGACAUUUAUUUCAAUAAAUUUUCCUCAAUUUUAUCGAAAUAUUCGUCAUUUAUUAGCAUUUUUAUCAUGUGUAUUUGUUUGGCGUGGUUAUUGGCUAUUAUAUGAUGAAUAUAUAUAUAUAUAUGAUGAUUAUUAUAAAACAUAUUUAGUAUUUUAUAUAGUAUCAUUUUUAUUUUUAAGUAUUAUUCAAACAGCAUCAUCAGUAAAUGGUCCAUUGAGUAAUAUGGAUGAUGAAAAUAAUUUUUUUCCACUUUAUCCACAUUGUUAUUUAUCAAUUGUUCAAAGAAAAUUUUCUCAACUUAAAUUUUUUAAAGAAAAAAUUCAAGAAGAAGAUACAAAACUUUAA